AUGGCACAGACUAAAGAGGAGCGAAGCAAUAUUUGUCAACUCGCUCACAGACAGCGAACAAUGGGAGGAAUACCUAGACCCUUCAACACUUCUAUUACUCCAACAUAUCCAAUCUUCGGUUAUCCCCCAUUUCCUAUGGUUCCUGCACAGAUUCCAGGCUUUGCAAGUCAACAUGGGGAGCGGAUGCAUGGGCAUAUGAUUGCCCAAAAUCGCAGUCACCCAUUUCAGCAUUCAUACCCACAGAGCGCUAUUAGUGCAAAUAACAUGAGAAAUAGGUGGAACAACGAAAGGGUUGCGCAGGUGCCAACAACAGCUGCCGCUUUUUCAGUCUUUAAUCCUUUUGGCUUUUAA